GAAGAAUGUUUGUUUGUGCGAGGUUUUUGCAAUAAUUACUUUUCUGCAUAAUAUUAGAAAAUUCGGCAUCAUGUAGGCCACUAAACGAAUAAAUCCCAUUAUUAUCUGGUAAUUGCAGUAAAGCCAAAGAUUACUACUAGACGAUAUCAACAAUCAGCACCGACUGACAAUCCGGCCGUUCUAAGUGGUCUUAUAGCCAUUUGUUUACACAUUCAACCGCGGUAUUAUUAAGAGAAAUGGAUACUACAAAGAGACAUGCAACCGCCGCCCAAGUGUCGGCACUGAUGGACUACAUGCAAGAGCAUUCAGAAGUGGCGAAGGGCAUGAGUUCAGGUCUUGAGCGGGAAGACAUAGAAGCUCAGUGGCGAGACCUCACAUCAAUGCUCAAUUCUAUGGGCGGAGCUGUUAAAUCUACGGAGAAGUGGAAACAGACAUGGAGAGACCUGAAAUCAAACACAAAGAAGCGGGCCCUGAAACAUCAGCAGUCCCUUUGUGACACUAGUGUAGGGCCCAGCUCCGAUAACUUAAAUGCUGAUGGUCAGAACAGUGAUGGUGACUACAUGCCACCAAAAAAAGAUUUGCUUCAUUUGAUGAAGAAAUUCUAAGGAUAGAAAGAGAUAAGUUAGAAGUGGAAAGGGAAUAUAAGGUCCAGAAGAUAGAAGUGCUCUCUAGGAUAGCCAGUGCGUUAGAAGAGAUAGCAAGAAAGAAAUGAAUCAACUAGCAGCAUCAUGAUUUGGAAAAUGUUAGUAUUGUUGCAUACAAUAUUGGUUAUAAAAGCCUAUUCAUUAGAUUUAUAAUAGGUCUGUAAAAAGAUUCUUCUUGGUUUCAUGUAAAGAAGUAAUAAUUUUUAUGUGACCUGUAUUUUAAUAUCUAUGAGAUAUGACAUUCAGGGUACUUUAAACCCUCUUUAUCUAGUUAUAAAGUGAAAUGACACACAAUAGCACUAUGCAUUGAUAUGGUUUUACAGUGAGCAAAAAGCCGUGUCCACACAGAGGGAGGCACAUAGCGAGGCAGGCAUGCUAUGUUAUGUGCCUCUGCCAAACCUGUGCGCGCGUUCUGCCUACGAUGGAUGGAGCACAUUGCCUCGCGCCGUGUUUCACUCUGUGUGGACCUGGCUAAUGGUUGUUGUGUGGUUGAAGGAUGGUCAGUGUACAUUUGUACAAUAUUUUUGUUACAUGCUCAAUAAGUAGAUUUUAAAUUAAUGAACUAGAUUCUUAUCAAACUGAACUAAUCAAUCAUCAAUAUCAUCAUGACUUGUAAAUACAAUUGACAUUUUCUUGAUUAUAAAAAAAUAUAUUGUAAAGAAGAAAUACAGUCAUCAUAUGGGUCAUUAUAAAGUGAACUGUCACAUUUGUUAUUAUUAAUUACUUACAGGAACAAAAAAAAAACUAGAAAAAAACGCUCACAUAGCGUAGACCACAAAAAACAUAGAAUUAAGUACUUAUCCAAAUAAUAUUAAUAAGUGGCUAUAGUUAGGUAUGAAGACUUUUUAAAGAAUUUUACUAGUUUAGUGUAUAUAAAAAAAGUAUUUAAUUUUGGAUUAUGAACUACGUUUAUUAUGGAGAAAUGGAUUCGAUCGGAUAUGAUUAAAUAACUACUAUUUUUUUUAUGAAGCUUGUCUCUUCUUCUGUUGUAUUAAUAUAAAAUUAUGAUAAUUAUGAAGAUAAUUUUAUUAUUACAUAUCAAAUAUACUUAACCAUACCUACGGCUGUAAAAUAAUGCAUUAUAUGUCGUACUUGUUUUUGUUAGUCUGAAAACACCGAAAUAAAUAAUGAAGAAUUACAAAAUGUAUAUGUUUUAAUUUACGUAGGCACA